AUAAAUAAUUAAAGAAAUCGUCCACUUGCGGCAUAGAUAAAAAGAUUCGACUUUGUCCUCUUUCCUCUUCGAUUCGAUUGCAUAUCUACAAACCCUAGACCCGCCGGGAUCUACCUCCGAUUUCCCCCCAUUCUGCCUCUCUCUAGUUUUGGUGAUGGAAGCUUAGCCUCUGCUCUAUCCAAAAUUGACUUACCUCCGCGCCGGUGUUCAUCUCAGAUCGACGAAAGCCGAAACUGCUGUGAAGCGCUGCUUGCUUCAAUGGCUUCUAACGCCGGUAAGCCCUUCUGGAUGAAACACGCCGAAGACGCCAAAAUCAAAGACGACGGAGAGAAAGACGCCGCCGCAAAAGCAGCUUUCGACGCCACUUUCAAAGGCGUCGACCAACAAACGCCGUUGAUUGAACCUGCCCCAUCCUCCGCGGCACCGGAAUCUUCGCCAGAAUCCGACAGCGAUUCAGACGACGAAUCUGAUUACCUAUCGAGGAAACCAAUCGGUCCUGUGGAUCCGAGUAAGUCCACGGCUUCCGGAGCUGGCAUCGGUGGAGGAACGGCCUGUGCUCCGUCAACGUUUAUAGUUAUAACGAAGGACUCUGAUGGAAGAAAAGUUCCGAAUGGUGGGGCUUUGAUUAGGGUCAAAGUGUCUCCUGGUGUAGGUGUUGGUGGUACUGAUCAGGAAGGAGUGGUGAAAGAUGUUGGAGAUGGGAGUUAUUUUGUUACCUACGUUGUGCCUAAGAGAGGUAACUAUAUGGUGAGCGUUGAGUGCAAUGGCGUUGCUAUCAUGGGAAGUCCUUUCCCUGUUUUCUUUAGCCAAGGCUCUUCUUCCACCGGACUGAUUGGUUCUGCUCCAGCUUCAUACUCAAACCUCAUCAACCAGACAAUGCCAAACAUGCCGAACUACACUGGCUCUGUUUCGGGUGCUUUCCCCGGGAUGUUAGGGAUGGUUCCUGGCAUUUCCCUUGGUCCUUCCGGUGGUGCUAUAUUGCCUGGGGUUGGAGCUUCUCUUGGGGAAGUGUGCCGGGAAUAUCUUAAUGGUAGAUGUGCAAACACUAUGUGCAAGUUGAAUCACCCUCCACAGAAUUUGCUCAUGACUGCUAUAGCUGCAACAACUAGCAUGGGUAAUCUAAGUCAGGUACCUAUGGCGCCUUCCGCUGCAGCAAUGGCUGCUGCUCAGGCUAUUGUUGCCGCACAAACCCUUCAAGCCCAUGCUUCUCAGAUGCAAGCACAGGCUCGAUCAAACAAAGGCUCUUUAGUUUCUGGUUUAGGUUCCCCGGAAAAAGAAGUAACGGGGGAAGCGUUGAAGAAAUUUCUCCAAGUUAGCAACCUGAGUCCACUGCUUACAACUGAACAGCUCAAGCAGCUGUUUAGCUUCUGUGGCACAGUGGUUAACUGUACUAUAACUGAUUCGAAGGAUCUUGCUUAUAUAGAAUACGGAAAGACCGAAGAAGCAACCGCUGCUUUGGCAUUAAAUAAUAUGGAAGUCUGUGGUAGGCCUUUGAAUGUUGAGAUUGCGAAAUCGCUUCCUCGAAAACCAUCUUCGGAUAACUCUUCUUCGUCCUCACUACCAAUGAUGAUGCAACAGGCCGUCGCGAUGCAGCAGAUGCAGUUCCAACAGGCUAUACUGAUGCAACAAGCCAUGGCUACUCAGCAGGCUGCGAAUAGGGCUGCCACCAUGAAGUCUGCCACCGAGCUUGCAGCAGCUAGAGCUGCAGAGAUAAGCAGGAAACUGAAUCCUGAUGGAGUUGUAAAUGAUGAGAAAGAAGACGACAAGAAACCUAGGUCACCAUCCAACUCUCCUGCCAGGUCUAGAUCAAAGUCAAAAUCACCAAUUAGUUACAGGCGAAGGAGGAGAUCUCCGACUUAUUCACCACCCUUUCGUCGCCCUCGAAGUCAUAGGUCAAGAUCACCGUUUAGAUUUCACCGGCGAUCAACCUAUGAGGAGAGAAGGCGGUCAUAUAGAGAUUCUAGGGAUAUUUCUGAAAGUAGGAGAUACGGUAGAUCAGAUGAGCAGCAUCCAUCUAGGUCGAGGAGAAGUAGGAGUGUAAGCCCCAAGAAGAGAAAAUCCAAGCAGGAUGAUUCAGAGCUGUCAAGACAUCGACGUGAUAGCUCAUCUCGUGGGGAUAAGAAAUCAUCUCGUACUGGCUCACGAUCGCCAAGGCGAGAUAAGGAAACUAAGUCAACACCAAGAGAUGAUGAAGAAACAAAACACCAACGUAGAGCUCGUUCAAGGUCAAGAUCAGUGGAAGAUUCCGCAGAUAAGAAGGAUGAAGCUAGAGAUGAGGAACUGAAACAUCACAAAAACCGGGCAAGGUCAAGAUCUCGUGAAGAUCGGAAAAGAACCAGAGCCUCAUCCAGAAGUUCUGAUGAUACUGAACGGAAACACAGGGUGAGGUCCAGGUCUAGAUCAUUGGAAAUCAACAAUGGCUCUCAUGAGGAAGUUGAUGGUGCUGAAGACAAUGACGACAAUAUGAAGGAGGAGAGGAGGGGAAGGUCUAGAUCAUUGGAAACUAAACACAGAUCUUCUAGGAGAAAUGAGGUGGAUGAUGACAAAAAGACAGGAUCACGUAGAAGGAGGUCCAGGUCAAAAUCAGUGGAAGGUAAGCGUAGUCAUCACACCAAGGAGACUCAGAGCAGGGACAGAAAGUCUAAGCGACGCAGUGGAAGGCGGUCGAGGUCAGUGUCUUCUGAGGGUACGCAUAGGAGAGAGAGAAGGUCAUCCCCUGAUGAAAAGAAAUCAUCAAGACAAAAGGGACACUCGAGGUCUAGAUCGAGAGAGAAGAGGAACAGUUCAAGGGAUAAAAGAUCAAAACGUCAUGAAAGAUUGAGGUCAGCUUCUCCUGGUGACGACAAAGGACGAGGCGACAGAUCCUCUCCGGUUAGUUCUGAAUGAUCAGCUGUUUAAAUAACAGCCUUUUUCUCCAAUUGAAACCAUCUACUUUUUCAAAUUUAAGUCAAUGCUACUUUCGGUAAUCUGUUUAAAAUUAUCAAAGUUGUUUCUACUUUACUUACUUCCAAUGUGAACGAGGUUGUUGUUUCAGGCUUUCAGCUUUCAAGUAAAAGAGCAAGGUAACUUUAUAUU